CGUUCCCAGUCGUUGUCGUGUAUGGCAAGUGUUGGCUGUGCGACAGGGCGGUCCCGUGGGACAACUGCUACCUUUUAUAGGUACAGCCCUGACUUGGAUGUUUUAACAGUAAUGAAACUUUCAUCAUGCCUAACAAACGGAUAAAUACGAUCUGAAGAAUUCUGCAAUUAUGUGCAACUAGAGAAGCUCAGUUGUAUCGACUCGAUGAUGUUGGCAACUUGCAUUAUAGUGGAUGUGACAGAUUGUUUCAUGUUAAAGGAUUAACAUUCAUAGUGAAUUGUGUUCUGAUGGAAACACUCUGGCUGUGCCAUAGUGUUGCCAUCACCUGUUCAGCUUUCCAUGACAGUCAGAAGAGGUCAUUUAUGUACAAUUCCAUCAAAUGUCAUCAUCUUCAACUGCAUCAAAUAGUUCAUGCAGUGUGUUGAAGCGUCGAUUUGAGAUAACUUUAGUGAACUGGUGAAACGACAAGUCAACAGAAGGCACCUGAAGUCGGCCCGACCAGAUAUCGUAUCCAAUGCGUCUCCCAAGACACUCUGUUCACUGGACGUCUGUAGAAGCCGAGUCAAUCACAAAAUCACAUGUACAGACCAGAACCAGAUCGGUGAUAUGCAUGUGUGCGUCGCGCAGGUGCAUUUUGCAGAAAUUGGAAAAAAAUAGAAAUUAUUCACGAACGUCUUUAACGUGCUGUGAAAAAUCGACAAGACUGAUUUUAGCGUGGUGUGUGAUGUAUUCAGCAAAUAUGGAAUAGCACAUUGUUAAUGGUUAUUUUACCAUUUCCAUUUCUUUCUUUCAUGUGUCCAGAGAGUACCUUUCAUAUUUGCUUGAUGACAUAUCAAUUUGAAAAUACAUUUUGCCUGAACUGGAUACAACGUCUGAUGUUUGGAUACAUGAUGAAUGGUACACCACCAAUGAUAUUAUUGCUCAGCCAGAGUGUGAGGCUUGAUGACAACACCGUUGAUGAUCAAAUGUAAACCACCUUUAACAUCAAUUCACAGUUCUGAGUUUGAAUAGCCACCACUAAUGAUCCAAUGUAAACCGAUACUGAUAUCAAUGUAUUGUCUAGAGUGGGAGAUCUGAAUACAGCACCGUUGAUGAUCAAAUGUAAAACCACAAAUGACACUAGUGUACAAACAGAGCAUGAGGUUUAUACAGCACAUUGAUGACAAGAAGUUGACCAACAUCACGCUCUGUGAAUAGAUAAGGUUUCUAGUCAACAAAAACAAUUACACUUGUCGACGUAGCAUGAGCAACACAGGUGUCACUCACUCAAGGACUCAACCGAUAUCAGCAUUGUUUUCACAAGUGCAAUGAAGUUUCUACACAGCUGCCUUCUUCUCUCCGUCCACCUCAACUUCGUCCUGCCUCUUCUUACGUACUACAUGACAGAGAGGUGCUCUGAGAAUCUGCUUGAGAUGGUGGACCGUCCAGUCUCAGCCGGGAGGUUGCGUCUCACGUACGAGAAUGAACGAUACCGGAAGGACAUGGUUUGCACGAUGUCCAUCCGAGCACCUGCUGACCAUCAGCUGAUGGUCAGUUUUCUAGACAUGGAGAUCGAAGGGUUUAUGUCGGAGGGGUGUGAGUCGGAUUACUUGAUGCUCUAUGAUGGUCCAGAUGACAAGAGUCCUUCCAUGGAUAACCACAAAUAUGUCGAGCAAUAUACUCAGACGCCCCAAACCAAUAAAUUAUGUGGAUCUCUCACUCCUAGGGCGACGUUUGUUACCACCGGUGAUGUCGUCACGUUAGUGUUCUACAGCGACAUGACGAUCGAAUACAGAGGAUUUGACCUCAUCUUCACUGCAUUCCAUACUGGCAAAUGUGAGACAACCGAGUUCAGAUGUAACAACAAACGUUGCAUCAACGCCAGUCUCCAUUGCGACGACUACAAUAACUGUGGCGACGACAGCGACUGGUGCGGCCCCAGCAACAUCCUCAUGUACUUCGUCAUCUUCAUCUGUGUCGCAGUCUUCAUCCUUCUCGUUACGUCAGUCAUCAGAUGUGCAUGUCAAGAAAAGGCGCGCAAGUUUCCAAAGAGCAGUUCAUCGGGGGCUGACAAUGACCUCAUCACGACCAGUACGGGCAUGCGCGUGUCCUCCUUCCGGGGCUUCUCAGGACGGGGGUCAUCAAUCAGUUUGAAUUUGUCGUCAGAGCCUCUUGCCCAGCAGGAACCGCUCCUGAAUGAAAGUCAAAGUAGUGUUUGACCCACACGGACCUGUUCUUGAUUGGGAUGGUUAUUCUGCUGUGCUUUGUGGAAAUUAUAAUGUAACAAAAACAACAGAAAAACAGAACACAAAUAUUCCUUGGGUGGCACUCCCUUCUGGGUGAAGCUAUCAGAAAUGACUUGGUGUAUGGAAUAUAUGCCAUACUGAUCUUUAUUGGUUACAUUUGAUAUUUGCCGCUCAAUCAGUACACAUACUGCCUGACUUGACGGGGCAAAUCUUAUGUGUGAUCGAUGAAUCCAUAAAUGUAGUUAUGAUGUUAUUGUUUUGAAGAUGUCAGUUGAGUAUGCAGUUCUCAAAACGGGGACACCAAGUGGUGCUGUGUAUACACGUUCAGAACAAGCCCUCUACUUAGCAUAAAUUUAACUUACAUAUAUGAAACAUCAAAUGAAAAAAUAUCCCACAUGAAUAAGCGAUACUUAGUGUUUGUGUGUUCUACGAAUGAGAAAACAAAAUGUGAAGCCAGAAAAGGAAUGGGUGAAAUUAUUAUCAAUAUUUUAUUGAGUAUUAUAAUUGUUGUUUCAUGUUGAUUGGCAGGUUCGAUCUAUUUCUUCCAUUGUUUUCACUGAAUCCACUGUACAUUCCACUCCGAGGGACCACUGAUCCUUGGAAGGACACCAUACCGAGUCUAUACACAGUGUAUAUAUAAUUCUUGGGACAUACAAGGAACUGACGCAAUCUUACAGAAAUUGAAUUGGUUUUAAGUGGAUUAACGAAUACUGUGUACGGAGGAGGAGUUUCUUGACUGAUGGGUUUUCACAGUAAUCUGCGCACCUUUAUCAGUAAGCUUUACAAAAAAUUAUUAUAAAUACACAUAAGUAAUUGUGAAGUUGUGUUUGGGAACGAAUAUUAAAUAUUCUUAGAUAUUUGUUAAAGACAAGAUAUAUCCACAUAGACAUUAGUUAAGCACCACACGUGUAUUCUCUGACUGAGCAACUUUAUUUAACUAGUGCAUGAAAUGUGUAAAAUAUUGUCAUACCAAAAAAUGAUUUAGUGAAAAGAAAGGAUUAACGAGGAACAUGGCCAAGAUUACCAUGAAAAAAUGUGUUUUUUUAGAUGUUACAGAUUUGGAAAAUGACUUAAUUUCAACCAAAAACGGUUCACGGAAUUGAAGAACAAUGUCCUGCAAGUCCAAAUAUUACUCUAAAACUGAAACGUCUCAAGCGAUAAACCUAGUUUAUGGAUUUAACCUGGUUUCACUGUAUCAAUUUUACACCAUCAAAUAUAUCAACACUUGUCGAUAAACGUUUAAACUCCGAGGCUUGCCAAGGACGUUUAAAGUUUUUUCGAUGAGUGUUGGUGUAUUUGAUGGUCAAAGAGACUGGGGUGAGAAAAGGAACGUCAUUUGAUUAUGACGUCAUGCUAACCGAUGAAGUCACAAUGAUCUGAAAAGCAUUGUGAUGCAAUUUCAUUGCAGCAAUAUGUUUUUGUUGGACAAGCCGUAAAAUUGAAAGAGUUAGUCUCGACAGUGCCUGGCUUUUUUCGACAGUAUAUAUUCAAAUGUAAAAUAAAAAUUAAUUGAACUUG